CCGCCCCGUGGCGGCCGCGCGCGGUUACUUCCGGUAGUGCGGGCUCUGGGUCGCGCCGAGCGGGCUUGGAGCCUGGGAGCGGCGCGAUGACCACGCUCCGGGCCUUCACCUGCGACGACCUCUUCCGCUUCAACAACAUUAACUUGGAUCCACUUACAGAAACUUAUGGGAUACCUUUCUACUUACAGUACCUUGCCCACUGGCCAGAGUAUUUCAUCGUUGCGGAGGCACCCGGUGGAGAACUAAUGGGUUAUAUUAUGGGAAAAGCAGAAGGCUCAGUAGCUAGGGAGGAGUGGCACGGACACGUCACAGCUCUGUCUGUCGCCCCUGAAUUCCGCCGUCUUGGCUUGGCUGCUAAACUUAUGGAGUUACUAGAGGAAAUUUCAGAAAGAAAAGGUGGAUUUUUUGUUGAUCUCUUCGUCAGAGUAUCCAAUCAUGUUGCAGUCAACAUGUAUAAGCAGUUGGGUUACAGUGUCUACAGGACAGUCAUAGAGUACUACUCAGCCAGCAAUGGGGAGCCUGAUGAGGAUGCCUACGAUAUGAGGAAAGCGCUCUCCAGGGACACUGAGAAGAAAUCCAUCAUACCAUUACCUCAUCCUGUGAGGCCCGAGGACAUUGAAUAACCAUAGGCAGUGGUUCUUAGGCAGGUGUUCCAGAUAGUUUGUGGACAUAAUAUUUUCAUAGGAUGAUCUUGGAGCUCUAUUAGGAGGAAAGUAAUCAUUUAGGUCUUAAAGACUUCAUGAAAAUACAGGCUAUAAACUUCAGAUCUCAUCGUUCAAUGAGCAAUAGCAUACAUGUUCAAACUGUUUGCCAUAGUAAAAUUCAAUCAAGGCAGCUACGUCAGAAGGACGCGUUCCACUAUCAUGGUUGGCAGUGUGCAGUACAUGCCAAGGAAAGACCCCCUCCAUCUUCCUCCUAAAUCCUGUGCCUGAGAACCACUGCUGCACAUAUAUAAAUAUAUAUACAUAUUUUAUUUUGUAUUGAACUAUUAAUUGAAGCUUUAAAAGCAUAUAUGAAAUGUAUAAAUCUGAGAUGUAUAGUAAAAGACAUUGUUGACUAUGAA